AUGAGCAGACAUGAUCUAUCGAAUUCGCCGGCUCUGAUCAAAUUCUACAGGGGCGAUGGUACGGAUUUCCAAGGGCGUUAUCUAAAGGAUAUGAUGAAGUGGGAUAUGAGGAAACUUGAACAAGACCAUGCCUACAUCCAGACUAUGUUUCCUCUCCCAGAACCAUCCAUGAUUGUAGGUGGGUCUGCACCUAAGAUCGACUACGAGGUAUUCAAGGCUUUUCGAAAGAGCCCUAACCUGCGACGAGCACUCUAUGAUUCUUUCAGCAGAAUCCUGUGGUUCUAUGGUCUCAGGCCUAAAUUGAACGAGGAAGGCCACUUUGAGACAGUCGAAAAGAAUCCCGACUCCUGGUCUAAUAGCACGAGGUCGUGGAACACACAAUUCGAUCACAAUCACCUCCGCAUCACCCGCAUAAUCCGCUGCUUGCGUGUCCUCGGUCUCGAAGAAGAGGCGCAAGGUUUUUACGAAUUCCUGAAAGAGAAUGCUGCUCGUGCCAGCAAGACUUCCCAUAUGUAUUGGACACGAGCAGCCAAGAGACCACUGAAUGUGAAGCCGGAUCUGAAUAUUGACGAAGGAUCCUAUCACAUUGUCGGAGAUACCUUCUUGAAGGCUUAUGAUAAGCGCUUGAAGGAGGCUGGGGAGAAAGAUAAGCAGUAUGGAAAGGGGAAUUGGACUAAGACUGAGGAGGAAGAAGCGGAGGAUGAGGAGAAUUGGUCGCAGUCGGAGGAUGAAGGUUUGAUCUGA